GCACAACAUCUACUAAGAGUAGUUAUCGAUAAAUGCUUUCUCUUGUUAUUUUGCUUUGAUUUCAUUUGUUGCAAAUCAAACGUGAGCGAAAUGUCAAAAAAGUUUAAAGCAUACGAUGCUAGCCAAGCGAUCAUACAUAAACAGUGAAAAGAGAACCAAAAAAGAAAGACGAAAGCACGAAUGUAGCCGAGAGUCAACAAAAAACAAAUACAAAAUCUACACAGCCGCAGUUCAGAGCAACUCUUCUUGAUGAAAAGUUGCUUAAGGUUUGCUUCGUAUAUUUUUUCCCUUACAAAAACAGCCAUGGCAAACGAAGAGGCGGCGUGCGAAAGGUCGACGGUAAACAUAGCAUUUCGAUUUACUGACGCUCGGCAUCUUAAGUUCGUGGAGGCCUUUAGUCGCGAACCCUGUUUGUGGAACCGGCAUCCGUACUUGUGGGGAGCUCGUGUUGCUGCCUGCAAGCGGAUUCAAAAUGUUAUGAACGAGACAUUGCUUCACAAUGAAACUCCAAUUAGUUUGCAGGGUAUUAAGAUGAAGAUCAAGAACAUACGUUCUGUGUAUCAUCAGGAGCUAAAGAAGAUGAGAAUAAGCCCUUAUUAUUAUCCCAAAAGUUGCUGGUUUGAGCCAUUGCACAAAAUCUUAGCACCAUUUCUAGAUAAGAGAGCUGAUGGUGAUGUGCCCUUGGAUUCUCCCGUCCCUAUUCAUAAUGAGAAAACUGAUGAUAAUCAACACUUGAUUUCCGCCAUACCCCUAAAACGACUUCAGGUUGAGGAACCAGAAGCAAUUGGGGAAGAGAAAGAUGAUGAUGAACGGGAGUUUAUUUCCCCCAUAGCACUAAAACGACUUCAGGUUAAAGUUCCUCGCUUAAAGUCAAUUAGGUUUAUGCCGAAUAAAGACGAGGAAAGCACUGAAAUCAAGAUCGAACUUAAUGCUGAUCCAUUGGAGUUUGCUACAUUGAGUUCUGGUCAACCACUACGUAUGAUGACACCUCCAUUACGAAAUCCUUCUCCAAGCCCACCUCAAAUUGUGAAUGUCUUCUCGCCGCAAUCAGAGCAAAGAGAGCCUUUGCAGACUGAGGGAGAGGAUGAGUUUACGUUUUUCGGAAUGAGUGUUGCCGCCCAAUUGCGCAGAAUGCCUCUAUCGAAUGCAAUGAUCAUGCAAUCAAAGAUUCAGUAUAUGAUAUCAAUGGAACGUCGUAAGCUCGACGGCGAUGCGAUUGAAGCAAACUUUUUAUUUUAAAAGAGUAACUCAACUGAAUGUUUAAUUCUUUAUAAAAAAAUCCAUAAUACAACACACAAUCAUAUGUUUGUAAAAAGGAAAGCAAAAAUCAAACUUCAAAAACGAAAUAAAUCGAAGCAUAGUCAAAACAUAAGCGCGGAGAUGAGCCUCUUCGCGUUACGUUACAUUUGC